GUAAAAAUGUCAUAUCUCUAGGUAAGUGAUAUGCUGUCAAACGUUGUGUAGAUUUGUAGAUUAUAUCUGUAAUUUUUUCGAGUGACGGAAAAGAAAUGCCAAAAGUACGCCGGAGUAAAAAGGCCCCACCGGAAGGUUGGGAAUUGAUUGAACCAACCCUGGACGAAUUGGAGCAGAAAAUGCGAGAAGCCGAGACUGAAUCCCACGAAGGGAAAAGAAAGAACGAAUCUUUGUGGCCAAUUUUCAAGAUCCACCAUCAGAAGUCCCGGUAUAUUUUCGACCUGUUUUAUAGACGGAAAGCCAUCAGCAGAGAACUGUACGAGUAUUGCUUGAUGGAAAACAUCGCUGACAAAAACCUCAUCGCCAAGUGGAAGAAACAAGGGUAUGAAAGUCUUUGCUGUUUACGAUGCAUCCAGACGAGAGACACAAAUUUUGGAACAAACUGUAUAUGCAGAGUCCCGAAGGCCAAACUGGAGGAGGGAAGGAUAGUGGAGUGUGUGCAUUGCGGUUGCAGAGGGUGCUCUGGAUAGGUUUCUACAGUGCUUUGACCAAAACUAUGUAGGUCCAUAGUUAAGGUUAAUUUAUUGUGAAAAACUUUUGUCUGGUUUAAUAAUCUGGCAUCCUUUUAAUAUGAACUAGAUGCAAAAGAGACUUGACCCCAAAAUUUACUUUGUAGAUUUAUUAACAUUGAAAAGUCAGGAUUUUUUUUAUCUUAGAGUAGGUUUUUAUGUAUGUAUUUAUUUCGGAGGUGCAAAUACAAAGUACACUAACUGUUUUACCUUAUACAUAACUAUUUUUGGGAAAGAAAAUUAAUUUGUUUAGGGCAAGGUCAAAAACCUGUUAGAGUGGAACAUUUGAAAUACCUCUACCUAUGUAAUAAAAGUGUUGAAUGGUUA